AUGUCUGAUUCGGGCGAGGGCAUGAGCAAAGUCAGCAAGCUGCGCCAACUGUACGAACCCAGUCAUAACCAGACGCAAGCGCACAGCGCAGAGCUCGCGCCCAAAGAGCGCCAGCUCAUUGAUCAGGGACUCGGCACUAGCCUGGCCACGGCAAAGCGACUGGCCCGCCUCCAGUCUGCCAGGCCGACUGCAUCCCGAAACGUAAGACAAAGCCCACGCGUCACUCCUGAUCCAGAAGAGCCAGAAAUCACCGAAGAAGACGAGCCGGGCCAAGUCUGGACCACCGACAACGACCAACCACCAUCGAGCUCUGCCGACUCCUUGCUGUCUCUCUCGCCUUCCACGCCGCUGUCUUCCCUGCCGUCGCCUUCGAGCGAGGUCGUGAGACUCGAGUCACGCAUCGAAGAAGCUCAAAAGCAGACGGUCGAGAGGGAGGACGAGCACCGCCGAUGCGAGAAACAGGUCGAAGACCUCCUCCAAAAGCUGGCAGAUGUCGAGGCCACAGCACGCAAAAAUCUCGUUGAACUCAACAAGUACUGCGAGGCGACAAAAUCACGGCUCCAGCAAGAGGUUGACGAGCUCCGCGGCAAGCUCAAAGACGCCAAACAGGCCGAGAAAAAGUACCGGAUGCUCUACGAAGAGAGCCGCAAAUGUGAAGAGCGAUUGAAAGAAGAGCUGCAAGACGCACGGAAAGCCCUGCGCCAGUCCGAGGAGGCCGUCGACGACGUUUCGCGAAGCAAGCUUGCGUAA